UAUGAAUGUUUCCAACAAUGCUGUUUGGAGUUAUAAGCUGAUAAACUCUCUUAGUUUAUGAAACUUACUUUUUACGAGUAAGGCUUUCAUUUUCCGAUAAAUCUUACACAUAUUUGUACGUUAUGUUACUACCAUUAUUUGUGUUGUAUGCUGUCACAGAUUUAUUUGUAACUUCAGAAUCUAUUCAGGAUACGCCAGAGAACAUACUUGGAGAAAAACGUAUAAAACCAAACGAAGGAGCUCUAAGUUUUUAUGCAUCUAUCAACAAUAAACUGCCUCCUGCAAACAACACGUUAUAUGAAAAGGACGUGAAUCCGUUACGCGUCCCAGAAAAGUUCUACGAACAACCGAAACAGAAGAGCAAAGUAAUCAAGUCACCGAAGCGAACCAUACAAAAGAUUAUAAAAAACGGCAAAACUAGAAGCAAAAAGUUUUACGUACAUCCAGUAACAAGGAAAACACAAACUGUUACUUUGGAAGACGUCAAAAUCCAAUAUAGUAACACCCAACGGAAUAUACAACAAAAUGUUAAGCCUACAGAACAUAAUCACAAAAGGAAACCGAAAAAAAAUUUAAGACUUGCAAGAUACCCGAUGCCGUUUCAUAAUUUUCAAACAAAAAUAAAUACACACAAAAGGAAUAGAAGACAUGUUGGUAGAAAUGAUGUUUUCAUAUUAAAGGAUCUAGAUGAAAUGGAAUUUUUGAGUAAAGAGAAUGACUAUGAUGUAGUAAAGACACAUGUUCAGAACCAUUGGUAGGUUUAGUGAAAUCCAUUAAACUGUAAAAGAAAGUGAGAAGACUA